UGACAUGUAACGGCGCUGGACGGCAGGAAUUUCUGCGAGAUUUCCUCCAGAGUCCAGCUGUGAAAAAGUCCAGCAGCUCUCUGCAGCAUGGGUCUAGAGGCCUGGUACAUGGACGACUCUGAUGAGGACCAGAGGAAGCCGCACAGACGGAACCCGAACGAGCCCGUUUCCAUGGAGGAGCUAAAAGAGAUCGGCGUGUAUCACUGGAAGCUGAAUGCUGACAUUUAUGAAACUGACUCAGAGCUGGAGAAGAUCCGUAAAGACCAAGGCUACUCCUAUAUGGACAUUAUCUGCAUUCACAAGGACAAACUACCAAACUACGAGGAAAAGCUGAAGACAUUCUUUGAGGAGCACCUGCACUUGGAUGAUGAGGUCCGAUACAUCCUGGACGGCCAGGCUUACUUUGACGUGAGGGGAAAGGACGAUCGAUGGAUCCGGAUUGCCAUGAGUAAGGGGGACUUGAUCACCCUGCCGGCCGGCAUCUACCACCGCUUCACCCUGGACGAGACUAACUACACAAAAGCCAUGAGGCUGUUUGUGGGGGAGCCAGUGUGGAAAGCUUACAACCGACCUGCUGAUGACUUUGACAUCCGCAGGAAGUACAUGGCUUCUCUGCAGGGAUCCUGAGAGAGAGAGAGAGCUGCGUGAUUCCAUACAACCACUGCUUCCACUAGAUUCAGGACCUCUAAUGUGAUUCUGUAAAUGCAAUAGACUAGUGUUAAAGGUAGAACUUUAAUAAAAAAGUAUUGUGGAUUUCUACAGACGUCCUGUAGCAAAGCAGCAUAUAAUGCACUAAGAUGCUUUUUAGUGGUGAAUGAAAUGUUUUAAACUACAUGUAGACAAUCUCAGGUGAAAUUUCAGUAAUUACAUUUACUCCAAAAUACAAGUCUUUCCAUUUCAUCCUCUUUUACACUUUAGUUAAAUCAGUCACAUUUAUUCUACAGACUGUCGAAUAUGAUCAGACAAUAAAACUUUGUGUAUUGUCAUAAAAUACCCGACAACAUAUAAAGUAUUUAAAAUUAGCAUCACAUCAACCAGCUCAUCUUUAAAGGGGCCAUUCUGCGUGAGUACUUUGAAUUUUGAUACUUCAGAAAAAUUCAUAUGUACUUUAACUUAAGUAAGAGUUUGAAUUAAGUAUUUUGACUCGUAAUGGAGCAAAAAGUGAUUAGGGUGUGACAACUUGUGUAACCACAGCACAAUCUGUAGUGCCUUAUUCUCUUUAAUCAUUUGUGUUAGGUGUUAGGUGCUAUCAGACUUACCCUCAGCAGCAUGUCGAAAUAUGCAACUACUACACACAUUUUCUGACAUCAUAUUCUGUGCUAAUGAGGUUUAGCAACUCUGAUAUACUCAUAUGCAUCCUCUGUUACAUGGAAAAUAAAGCUGCUGCUAUUUUAA